AUGUCGAAAACCCAAGUGACCGAAGAAGCCGUCGAACUUAACCCGGAAUUCACUUUUGAUGUCACAGGGGAUAUCUAUAGUGCAUUCCUCGACGAGCACCUCGAUGUGCAAGACCUUGUGAAAAAAGGUUCCAAGCCGGAACCUAUCUCAGUGGACGAUAUCAUAGCGCGGAGGAAGCUACGUGCCCAUACGGGGAAACGGAAGAGGCCCAUAGAAGACGAAGGACAGGAGGAUGAAGACGAAGACAGUGAAGGAGAGGAGGAUGAAGACGAUGAGGAAUCCGAGGAGGAGGAUGAAGAUAUAGAGCAGGAUGGUUUCGAACUGCAAGGUGGAGAAGGAGAAGACGAAGAAGACCCUUUGGCAACUUCGGACGAGGACGACGACGACGACAAGGGGGGCUCAGAACAAGCGGCAGAAGCGGAGGAGGAGGAAGGAGCGUCUUCCGAGGACGAGUCCGAGGAGGAAACCCAGGUGGAAAAAGACCGUAAGGCCGCUUUCUUCGACUCCGAAGCUGCACCGGCCGAAAACCACACAUCCUUCCUGUCCAUGAAUCUUUCUCGUCCCAUCAUCAAGUCCCUCACGACCCUCAGCUUCACUUCACCCACACCGAUCCAAGCAGCAACUAUCCCCGUAGCCUUGCUUGGGAAGGACGUCGUCGGUAAUGCUGUCACCGGUUCAGGAAAGACCGCAGCGUUCAUCAUCCCAAUGCUGGAGCGACUCAUGUACCGUGAUCGCGGGAAGAAAGCCGCCGCGACUAGGUGUCUUGUGCUCGUUCCCACUCGCGAACUCGGUGUGCAAUGUUACGAGGUUGGUAUCAAGCUUGCCGCGCAUACGGACAUUCGAUUGGCGUUGGUCGUUGGUGGUCUCUCCGUGAAGUCCCAGGAGGCGACUCUUCGCACACGACCGGACGUGGUUAUUGCUACUCCUGGUCGUCUUAUUGACCACAUUCGAAACUCGCCCACUUUCACCCUUGAUGCUCUCGAUAUUCUCGUGCUUGACGAGGCUGAUCGUAUGCUUGAAGACGGCUUCUCGGACGAGCUCACGGAGAUCAUCAAGUCGUGCCCGACAUCCCGUCAAACGAUGCUCUUCUCAGCAACAAUGACCGAUUCUGUCGACGAGCUGGUUCGCAUGUCUCUCAACAAGCCAGUCCGGCUAUUCGUGGACCCCAAGCGUAGAACAGCCAGCGGACUCCUUCAAGAGUUCGUUCGAGUCCGUGCUGGGAAGGAGGCCGAACGGUCUGCUCUUCUUGCGACACUGUGUAAGAGGACGUUCAAGACUCGGGUCAUCAUCUUCUUCCGAAGCAAGAAACUUGCCCACCAGAUGCGGAUUGUCUUCGGGCUGCUGGGCAUGAAGUGCGAUGAGUUGCAUGGUGACCUUACCCAAGAACAGCGAUUGAGGGCUCUUCAACAAUUCCGCGACGGAGCCGUAGACUUCCUCAUGGCUACCGACCUAGCCUCGCGCGGUCUGGACAUCAAAGGGGUAGAGACGGUUAUCAAUUAUGACAUGCCGGGCCAGCUUGCGCAAUAUCUUCACCGCGUGGGAAGAACCGCCCGAGCCGGGAAGGAAGGACGGUCCGUGACACUUGUGGGCGAAGCAGACCGCAAAUUGCUCAAGGCGGCGAUCAAACACUCUUUCGGUGAAGACCAAGUCCGCCAUCGACAAGUACCGCCUGAAGUAGUUGGCAAAUGGUCACAGAAACUGGAGUCACUGAAAGGCGAGAUCUCCGAGAUCCUCCAAGAGGAGAAGGAAGAGAAACAGAUCCGGCAGGGAGAGAUGGAGCUCAAAAAGGGGCAGAACAUGAUCGAGCAUGAAGCGGAGAUCUUCUCGCGACCGGCUCGCACUUGGUUCCAGACUAGGAAGGAGAAGGCCCAGGCUGAGGCUGUAAGCAAGCAGCAGUACGAGGCCGGCUUCGAGGCCAUCGAAAAGGGAAAAUCGAAAAAUCCCGUUGAAGCGAAGCCCAAGCGAGAGAAGUUUGCGGGGCUGUCUCGGCGGGCCAAGCGGAGGAAGAUGGCGAUGGAAGAGGACGAGGCGCCAGAUAGUGGGGCCAUUCGAGCUGCUGUCCGGUCGGCCAAGAAGGCGUCGCGUCCGGGUAAGAUUGGCGAACCCGAGAAGCGGCCGGUGUCGUCAAAGGAGAAGAGGAAAAAGGCUCGGGCAAAGUCGGUCUCCAAACCAAAGGGCAGUGCGUUCGAGAAGGACCUCGGCCAGCGAGCCCCUCGAGAGGGUGCCCGAGCAAAGAAAGGCGAUGUCAUCGGGGGUAUGGGUAAGAAAAAAGGCGGAAAGCGGAAAGCUUGA